UUGCAGACGAAUACAUUGACGGAUGUUUUGUCUUGAGAAGACACUUUGCAAGUGACAUCGCCUUAAGCAGACGAACGUCGCCACUCAAGAAAUUUGAGUGGCUGUGGCUUUCAGUGGUCUCAAUAGGAAACAAAUUGAACGGUUUCUUUCCGAUACGACAUAAAGGACAUUGCCUACCACAAAAAGAUAUCUGUCAUCUCGAACUCAGUGUCUGUUGUCAAGCCUGUGUUUUGUCAUGUUCUGAUCGCCCUUUUGACAUUAGUUAAGACAGUAUACUGCAUAGAGUGUGAUUUACCCAAGGGUUUAGAGUCUCAGUUAUGGUAGAACCAAUCUUUGAUUAUCAGUUUCGUUUGAUUUUAAUUGGAGACAGUACAGUUGGGAAGUCCUCCCUAUUGAAGUACUUCACAGAUGGAAAAUUCGCAGAAGUUUGUGACCCAACUGUAGGAGUUGAUUUUUAUGCUCGCUUAAUCGAGAUAAAACCAGGAGUACGUGUUAAACUACAGCUAUGGGAUACAGCAGGCCAGGAACGUUUUAGAUCCAUUACGAGGUCAUACUACAGGAAUUCUGUUGGGGCAUUACUAGUGUAUGAUAUAACCAAGCGUAAAAGCUUUGAGAAUUUAGGCGAGUGGCUUGAAGAAUCUAAGAUGCACAUAGAGCCUCACCAAGCGGUAUAUGUAAUAGUGGGCCACAAGGCAGAUAUGGAUGCGGAGAGGAAAGUAACCAGUAGAGAGGGAAGACAGUUUGCUGAUAUUAAUGGACUGAAGUUUCUUGAAACAUCGGCCAAAACUGGUCAGAAUGUGGAGGAGGCUUUUCUGACUGUGGCUAGAGAUAUUUAUCAGUUAUUAGAAGAAGGCAAAAUACAAGUAGAAGAAGGAUGGGAUGGAGUGAAAAACGGAUUUGCUCGGCCAAGAGAGUCAUUCCAGCUGAUGGAGGGAGAGGCAGAGGGUGGAGGCUGCUGUUGAUAGUCCAGUCAGACCGAGGGGCUGGGAGCAGUAUUGUGUGGGUUGUGCAAUAGCCGGCUGCCUGUUGGAAGCAUAGUGCACUCGCAUUUGUUGUGCAUGUAAAUGUGUGGUGUAUGCAGGGGAUACAAGCCCCGCUUGAUUACUGUGGACUUCUAGUCAUGCUUUAUACACGGUAUUUUGACUUCAUACAAAUUUUCCUUUGGAUAUUGAGUGGAUAAAUAUUUCAUGGAAAUCUGCAUUUGUUUUUAAAUGAUGAAACCUUCUAAACAAUAAUCUUUACUAAUAUCUAGUAAUUUUAUUACCCACUUAUACAAGGUUUGAAACAGGUUCUGUUAACAAACAGUUCAGCUUUUGAAAUUUCCAUUUGAAAAAUUAGAUAAUGAAUGUAAAUGUUUGCAAAGAAACCAUAGAUCAUUUUAUUAUUAAUCCUCUCAAUAAUUUGUUACAAAGUUCAAAUGUGGUGCAAAGUUGUCUACUUUGGUUUCAACAUUGAUACCAACAGUAUUGGUACAACUUAAUGUGUAGUGAAGUGCUCUUGUGUUUGCUGCAUUGUCACAUAAGCUUGUACAAAUACUGGAGACAGGAGCACAAAAUCAACUGAAUAUUGCCUUAGUAUGAUGACAUACAAGUCUUGUGAUGAAUUUAGUUCUGACAGAUUUAAUUAAAACCUGCUUACAGUUAUCAGGAUUGUGCCUAUAUGCUUGGUGUCAAGGUCAAAUUCACAUAUAAGAGAGAAUGAAAAGUACUUGUUUCAAGUACUUGUUAUUUUUGCACUGUCUGUGGAUGUACGUGUACCACCCAGGGCAGUGGAUUCUCCAAAACUUUGUAUGUCUUUGGGAUUUUCAGUUAUUGCCAGAGUGCAAAAUGUAUUAUUGGUCUCUACAUUUUUAUACAAAAGUAUUUGUGCCAUUUAUAAUAUGUGUGCUAUUUUGAUUUUGAAGAGAAACCAAUGCUUUUGUAAACAUGAAAUAUUUAUUUCUUGUCUUGCCUUAAAGCAACAGAGAAUGUGGAACCUUUCCCAUUUAAUUAACUUGGGCUUUGAAAUGGCAAUUUUUGAGCAAACCAGUAAUGUAGUUCUCAUGUAUUAUGAGGAAACACUGGUCAUCCUAGUUGCCAUUCCAUGGGAAAACAUACUCUAUUGAGGUGAGACAAAGGUUCAAGGUUACCAUGUCUAAUUAACAGAAAAUUUUGUGAGCAUUAUUGUAAUAAUAUUGGAUACAAUUUACAACCUUGAAAUAACUUUCUGGAAAAUAAGUAUCAAGAAAUCAUGGUAAAUAAUGCUAUGUAAAACUUUUUCUUUGCUUUUCUUACAGUGCUAUUCAUGCUAUAAAUUUUAAAUUGCUAUCAUAGCAUAUACAUACGCAGAUUGCAAUUACUGGGAGCAAGAUUGGCGUGUGAUGACGGCGCCUAAAUUUGUUUGUGCCAAAAUACAAUUUGACAAACUUUUUGGAAAGUGUCCGUCUGGUACAUGUGUUUGGAAUUCACAAUGCCAGAGUUUCCAUCUGGGGUAGUCCAAUGAAAUAGCUUGAUUAGUCGUCUGAAUCUGGGAGCUUGCCAGACUCCAUUUCCUGGUUUUAUGUAAAGGUCUGUUCUGGGUCUGUCAUGUCUGAAUUGCCAAUAUUACACUAUUGAGAUCACCUGGUCAAACCCAGCACCUGCUCAGUGUUGGUCAAUUAGCUGAUGGUUUCCUGUACCAAGGUUUUCCUCUGUCUAUAUUAACCUGACUGCCAUCUUCCAAGUCAAUUAUUCCUUAGUGCCCAAACUAAAUAAGUAAAUAAAUUAAUAAACUAAUGACACAUUUAAAUUUUAUGGAAAACCGGUUGAUAUACUAUGUAAGAAAUACGAUGUAAGAAAUCAGUU